AUAGAUAGAGAGAGAGAGAGAGAGAAAGAGAGAGAGAGGAGAGAGAGAAGAAACGGGAGGAGGGGAUAAGGAAAUUAAACCCUUUAAGUCAAUGCAUAUUGUGGUGACACCGGCACAGGCGCCCUCACGGUGGAGUCGGCCAGGGCUGUGCGUUCCCAAAAUAUGACCAGGGGUGCUUGGAUGUGUCGGCAGUAUGACGACGGCUUAAAAAUCUGGUUGGCAGCACCCCGGGAGAACGAGAAACCGUUCAUCGAUUCCGAGAGGGCUCAGAAAUGGCGACUGUCUCUGGCAUCUCUCUUGUUUUUCACAGUCCUGCUCUCUGAUCACUUGUGGUUCUGCGCCGAGGCCAAGCUGACCCGGGCCCGGGACAAGGAGCACCACCAGCAGCAGCAGCAGCAGCAGCAGCGGCAGCAUCAGCAGCAGCAUCAGCAGCAUCAGCAGCAGCAUCAGCAGCAGCGGCAGCGGCAGCAGCAGCAGCAGCAGCAGCGGCAGCGGCAGCAGGAGCCCUCCUGGCCCGCGCUCCUGGCGAGCAUGGGGGAGUCCUCGCCCGCCGCCCAGGCACACAGACUCCUCUCCGCCUCCUCGUCCCCCACCCUGCCCCCCUCCCCGGGAGACGGCGGCGGCGGCGGCGGCGGCAAGGGCAACCGAGGCAAAGACGACCGGGGCAAGGCUCUUUUUCUAGGAAACUCUGCCAAGCCCGUGUGGCGCCUGGAGACUUGUUACCCCCAAGGCUCGUCCUCCGGCCAGUGCUUCACGGUGGAGAAUGCCGACGCGGUGUGCGCCAGGAACUGGAGUCAGGGGGCGGCCGCGGGGGAAGGGCGGGAGGUGAGGAGGGAGCAUCCCACCCCACCCUGGAACUUGUCAGAUUUUUACCUUUCGUUUUGUAAUUCCUACACACUUUGGGAGUUGUUCUCGGGGUUGUCCAGUCCCAACACUUUGAACUGCAGUCUGGAUGUGGUGCUCAAGGAAGGUGGUGAGAUGACCACUUGCAGGCAAUGCGUCGAGGCUUACCAGGACUAUGACCACCAUGCUCAGGAGAAGUACGAAGAGUUUGAAAGCGUGCUCCACAAAUACUUACAGUCGGAGGAGUACUCGGUGAAAUCCUGUCCUGAAGACUGUAAGAUUGUCUACAAAGCCUGGCUCUGUUCCCAGUAUUUUGAAGUCACACAGUUUAACUGCAGAAAGACAAUUCCUUGCAAGCAAUACUGUCUGGAGGUUCAGACGAGGUGUCCGUUUAUAUUGCCUGACAAUGACGAAGUCAUCUACGGAGGCCUCUCCAGUUUCAUCUGCACAGACACUGAAUGAGUGCAUGGGAUGGAAGUCAGGAGCCUCAGGUUCAGUCUUCUUUUUACUUCCUUUUGGUAGCACUGAGAAGGGCACUGCAAUGAGUCUACUCGUUUCCCAUUCCCUCACCCUGAGGAGAAUUCUGCCUCUUGGGGAGACUUGACAAUUAAAGGUGAUGAGAGAAGAGGAUUGUGUAGAAGAACCAGGAUCCAUCCUAUAUAAGAAUUUUGAAGAAAAUAAGACAGAACAGAAAAAAAUCACAGAGGUGGAAGUGGUGGAAGGCCUGAAGAGGUGGGAGGAACUUGAUCCUCUAGUGACCUUCUCCCUGGUUUAUGCCUGGAAAUAUGCUAUGUUAUGUGGCAGAAAGGACAUUACACAUGAAUUGCUCAUCAGAUGACUCUAAAAUGAAGAGAUUGCCCUGGAUUAUUCAGGUGGUCCCAAUAUAAUCAUGAAAGAAGAAGACAGAAGCAUCAGUCAAAGAGAUGAGACAGAAGGAGAGAUCAGAGAGAUGGGAAGCGUGAAAAGGACUCAGCCCACGGUUGCUGGAUUUUAUGAUGGAGGAAGGAGACAUGAGCCAGGAAAUGCAGGUGACCUCUAGAAGCUGAGAAUUUCCAACCAAAGGCCAACAAGAAAAUGGGGACAUCAUUAUAGCAACCACAUGGAAUUAAAUCCUGAUGACUUUUUGAAUGUGCUUGGAAAAUCAAAUCCCACACCUUGAUUUCAGCAUGAAACCCAGAGUAGAUAAAUCAUUUAAAUCAACCCAGACUUCUGACUACAGAACUAUGAGAUAAUAAAUGGAUCAAUUAAAGCUGCUAUGUCUGUAACAUUUUUUUAUAACAGCAAGGGAAAAUGAAUACAGAUUGUGAUGCUAAAAGCAGAGUGCUGAUGUAACAAAUAGAAAAUAUGCAAGUGGGUGGGGCAUGGUGACUCACGCCUAGAAACCCAACACUGGGAGGCUGAGAUGGGCAGAUCACGAGGUCAGGAGAUCAAAACCAUCCUGGCCAACAUGGUGAAACCUCAUCUCUACUAAAAAUACAAAAAUUAGCUGGGCAUGGUGGCAUGUGCCUGUAGUCCUAGCUACUCAGGAGGCUGAGGCAGGAGAAUCACUUGAACCCAGCAGGCAGAGGUUGCAGUGAGCCAAGAUCGCACAAAUGCACCCCAGCCUGGUAACAGAGUAGGACUCCAUCUCAAAAAAAAAAGCAAAAGAAAAGAAAGAAAAUAUACAAGUGGAAUUGAAACCAGGCAGUGGAAAAGGCUGGAAAAAAUUGGUGGAACAUGAUAGAUAAAGUCCAGUUUGCCUUGAGCAGGCAGUUCAUAGACACAGUAGUCCCCACUCAUCUGUGCAGGAUGCAUUGCAGCAUCCCCCAGUGGAUACUAAACCCCAUCAAACGCUAUGUAUAGUUAGCACCAAGCCCUAUGUACACUAUAUUCUUUCAGUCUGAUAACCAAGGCAGCUACUAAGUGACUAAUAGGAGGGUGAUGUGUACAGUGUGGAUAAGCUGGCCAAAUAGAUGAUUCAUUUCCUGGCCAAAAUGGAGGAGGAUGGCAUGAGAUUUUUUUCAAACUGCUCAGAACAGCAUGAAAUUUAGAACUUAUGAAUUAUUCAUUUCUGGAAUUUUGCAUUUAACAUUUUACAUGGUUGGCCACAGGUAAAUGGAAACUCCAGAAAGCAAAACCACAGGUAAAGGUCUUUAACUGUGCAUGGUUGUUAAAGACUGCCAAUGAAGGCUCCAUUUUAAUGGAGGGUGGAAGUACUUUAAAUAGUGUCAGAAAGCUCAACAGAACAGUGUCCUGCAGCUGUAUGGGAAGUGGAGAUUGUAAGUGUUAAACUGGUCUACUUAGCUGAGGAGAUUGCUCAGCAAAGUGUUGAAGGUAUAACCUGAUUGAUUCUUGCUGCUUAUGGUGAAAUGCAAAAGAAGAUAAGAGCAUCUGUUAAACAAAAAGAAUCCAGGAUUUAAUGGUUUUGGAACAUCAGCCUAUUAAAAUGGCAAAAGAUACAAACUUUAAGAGAUUGCUGUCAGGAAAACCUCCUUAGACAAAUAGCUGAGGGUAUGGUUGUAGAGUCUUUGCUAAUACUUCAGAAAGUUUGAAAGGUCAAAGUAUGAAGGUACACAGAAAGCUAUCUGAGAGAUUAAUAGUGUGAAUCAGAGAUCCCCUCAGCCAUCCUAGCAGUAGACAAAAAUGGAGAAGGGAUUACUUAGAAAGAUCUGUAGAGAAACAUCUUCUCUAAUGGACUGAAUCCCAAGGACAUAGAUGAGACUCUCAAAAAUGGUGAAGAAUUUUAUUUCAGCAUAAACACUGCUACCUUGGACUGAAAGGGGCAGAAGCAAGAUAAAAUGAAGAAAGGCUAUUGGGCUCGCCAAAUUCCACCAGCAGGAAAGGUGCUGAUAAAACUUGCCCAGAUGUAAAAAACAUGCUACUCUCCAUAAUAAGAGGAAGGGUAACUCAGAAGACUGAUGUAAGCCCUGAGGCUGUAGCUGAGAACCACCAAGGCCUGGAAACCUAAUGGAAUUUGUGCAGCUGGAUUCUAAAGUUGAUUUGGAUUGGUUCCCCCCUCACCAUUUUCUCCCUUUUUGAAGGAAAAUAUCUGUAACUAUUAUUCUAUGCCUGUUUACUAUUAUAUGUUGGUAAAGGAUAACUUUUUUGUUUCACAGAUAGAGAGGAGUUUUGUCCCACAUCAUAUUAUGCCCAGAUUCACAUCCAUACUUAAUUUAGGUUAUUCAGAUAAUAAGAUUUGGGGACUUUGAACUGAUGUGAGUCAGAGAAAAUUUUUUCACUUUGAGUUGAUGCUUUAUUGGAUGGAGAGUUUGGGGACAUAGAAUAGACUGAAUUCUCACCCAUAACACUGGACAUUGGAACAUAUUAAAGUGGUGCCCCCGAAUUUAUUAGGAAGAAAAAGAAUUGUGAAUCUGGAAUCUUAUACCAAAGCAAAAUAUCUUUUGAAUAAGAGAACUAAGUUUUUCAAAACCUAAUUUUUUUUUUGAGACAGAGUUUUGCUCUUUUUACUCAGGCAAAAGAUUGUGCAGUGGCACAAUCUCAGAUCACUGCAACCUCUACCUCCCAAUGUCAAGUGAUUCUCCUGCCUCAGCGUCCCACGUAGCUGGGAU